AAAACACAAACGGAGAAUAACUGCAUGCCUGUUUUGGGACGUGCGGGUCAAAAAAUGUUAUUAAAAUGUCCGUCUCAAAAUUACCACCUACUGCACUGAACCUCAAACAGUUUUUACAGAGACAGAGAGUAUUAGGCCUGUACCGCAGUAUGCUGAGGACCAUUCGGCAGGUUCCAGAUGAAGCCGAUCGCAAAUACCUGAAGGACUGGGCGAGAGAGGAGUUCAAAAGGAACAAGGAGGCGACUAACCAGGAUGCUAUUCGCAUGAUGAUCACACAGGCCAACAAUCAUCUAGAAGAGCUGAGGAGAUCACUUGCUUUGGCUAGGAGUUAGCAGGUCACUUGCUGCAGUGACUCAGUAAGAGCUGGACUAGUUUUGAUUACCUGGAGGUCAUUUGUCUUGGACCACCUUUCCUUGGAGCCCAAUUUGGUCUGAAGCUGUUUGAUUCUAUUCAUUAUAUUCGGACAACAGUUGCUCACCUGACAAGUUCAAGUGUACAGUUUACUGGAGGCCCUUCGGAUGGCAAUGAUGAAUAUACAUUUUUCUCACUUCCAUCAUAUUAAAUUAGCUUAAAGGGGAAUUCCACCAGUUUCUGAAAUUUCUGCAAAAUUCAGAUGUUGAUGCAUAAAAGUCAUUCGAGUGGUUUGAUGUGAAACGGUCAGUUUUCUUUACAGUGGUGGUGAUAGGAACCAGGGGUCAUGAUGUCUAAAAUGCAAUUAUAGCAAUUAUUUAUUAUCCAAAAUGGCCAGUGCGUGUGUGAAUGUGUUUUUAUGUCAUAUUGAUGAUGGUAAAAUGGUGGUAAAUCCAAAUUUAGACCAAAUUUAAACCACUCUAAACGACUGCUUACAUCUUAACAAUUUAAUUUUUAAUUUAAUUAUGCAGAAAUCUAGAAAUAUUGGUGGAGUUCCUCGCUGAACUGGUUUAUAUCUUGCCCUAAUGUCUACUGUCAGAACUUGUGAAUGCACUUUGUUUCGAAUGAGGUGAUAUAGGCUCAGAAAACACACAAACAUGGCACAUUUCUGAUUUCUUUAUAAAAAUCUGUAUUUCAUUGCUGUAUUUUACAGAGAAAGUUACCUUUUAAUAUCCAACACAUUUCCAUACAACAUUGACCUUCCACACACAAGUGUCACAACAAUGAACAUCUGGAAAAUAAACCAUUUUGACACUGAUGCCACAUCAUAGCAGUUACUCGUAUUAGCAUGUACAUGCAAAAUAUGCCCUAUUACAAUGUUUUUGUGUUACAGAAAUGAAAAAUGAAAGAAAAUGUUCUUGCUUUUGGGCUGAAAUGUGUAAACGAUCUUCUGAUGCUCAUUUUCCAUAAAACCUUUUUUUAUCCAAAA